GCAGACGUGAAAUCGUGUGAGAAGAGAGGGCUGUCAUGAAGUAGAACAGCUGGGACAUUUAAAGGGAUUGAACUGCGUGCCCACGAUCACAGUAUUCUGAGGGAAAGCCUCUGGGAGGCAGGAGGGAGAGGUCAGGAUGGCUGGUGUUGGGGCAAGUGCUGCUAACCUUGCCUGUAAAAUCAUGACCUUCAGACCUACCAUGGAAGAGUUUAAGGACUUCAACCAGUACCUGGUUUAUAUGGAGUCACAGGGAGCUCAUCGCGCUGGCCUGGCCAAGGUAAUUCCACCCAAGGGCUGGAAGCCUCGUAGUAAUUAUGAUGAUAUUGAUGAUUUCGUUAUACAAGCACCUAUUCAGCAGAUGGUGGCUGGCCAAUCAGGACUCUUCACCCAGUACAACAUCCAGAAGAAACCGCUAACUGUGCAGGAAUUCCGCAGACUGGCCAACAGUGACAUGUACUGCACACCCCGCUACCUGAACUAUGAAGACCUGGAGAGGAAGUACUGGAAGAAUCUGACAUUUGUCUCUCCCAUCUACGGUGCUGAUGUGAGCGGCACCCUCUAUGAUGAGGAUAUUGAAGAGUGGAAUAUUGGGCACUUAAACUCAAUCUUGGACGUGAUAGAGGAGGACUGUGGUGUUUCCAUUCAGGGAGUAAACACACCCUAUUUAUACUUUGGCAUGUGGAAGACCAGCUUCUCCUGGCACACAGAGGACAUGGACCUCUACAGUAUCAACUACCUGCACUUUGGCGAGCCCAAAUCCUGGUAUGCCAUCCCUCCAGAGCAUGGGAAGAGACUAGAGCGUCUUGCUAUAGGUUUCUUUCCUAACAGCUUUAAAAGCUGUGAGGCAUUCCUGAGGCACAAGAUGACACUGAUAUCCCCAUCUGUACUAAAGAAAUACAGCAUACCAUUUGAUAAGAUAACACAGGAGGCGGGCGAGUUUAUGAUCACAUUUCCUUAUGGUUACCACGCUGGCUUCAACCACGGCUUCAACUGUGCUGAAUCCACCAAUUUUGCCAGUAUCAGGUGGAUCGAUUAUGGCAAAGUUGCCACACAGUGCACAUGCAGUAAGGACAUGGUGAAGAUCUCCAUGGAUCCGUUUGUCAAGCGAUUCCAGCCAGACCGCUACCAAGCGUGGACACAAGGCAAAGAUACAUUCCCAUUGGAUCACACCCUGGCCACGCCCAGCACUACUCCUGAGCUGCAGAACUGGCUUCAGAGGCGUCGUUGGAAAAUGCCCACUACCCAAAGUCUCCAUUACCCACGCACAUGCUCCAAACGAUUGAAAACAGUGGACACCAUGCCAAUGAAAGGGAUUGGUCGAAGGAGUAGAGGGGCAGCUUUAACAUCAAGAGACAAGGAAGAGGAAGACCCAGAGAAACCCCAGAAAGAAUUGCAGUACUCAAGUGAAAUAAAAGGGCUCACUGGUCCAUGUCGACAAAUGUGUGUCGUUAAGGUAACAAGAGUUGAGAGUGAUUUGUUGGCACACUCCACCAGAAAACUUAAAGAAUCUUCUCCUGAGCGAACCGUGACCCCUCCACUGACCACAACAUCCAGCCAAAGUGACCCUUAUCCUGGUCACACGAACUCCCAGGCAUCUUUAACUUUAGAAAAAGGUCAGGUAUCCACCAAAACAAGCUCCAAUGCACAGCCUGGGCCUGAAACAUCCUCAGAUAGAGACAUCACUAUGGAUGUGACUCUCGACUCACAAAAAACUUCUAAAUGUUCAAAUCAAACAUUAAUGCUAAACUGUGAAUCUGCCUCAGAAACAAGUGUACCUUCUAUUUCUGUGACCUCCAGUGGUGAAGUUUUAUUUUCAGAAAGUGAUUCCCAACAAGCUAAAAUGAAAACCGAUCAAACAGCCACCGAUAUCUUGAUUGAAAGCGGUAUUGACUGUUGCACCUCAGCACUUUACAAAGAGCAAAGCUCAAUCUAUCGACAUUUUGAAGACGCAGAACACAAAACAACCUCAGAAAUGCAACAGACUAUUCAAUUUUCCGAAAUGCCUCUUCUGACACCUGAGCUCACUGAAGAGGAGAGAGUGAAUCCUCAAUGUCUUGCACCUGAAAUGCCCUCACUGACUCUCGCUGUCCGACCUGACAGUCAGAACACUAGUGUGUCACCUGAUUUCCAUCUGGAAAAAUCACACUCACCUUUUAUAACAGAUGAUAUGGGGACAUCUUCUGAAAUCACCUGUCCAAGUUGGCGAUUCACUUUACCCCAAGAAGUUGUCAGCCUACAGAAUUUAAACCCAAACAUGUGUACAACAAAGCCAGUAUCUCCUUCCUUGGUCACACAAUGGGAACCACCAGAGAAGAAGUACAAACAAGAAGGACAUGAACACACACUCCCAUCUGUAGAACAGAACACUGUGGACACUCACACUCCAGUGUCCACUGCACAAUUUAGAAUCACUACUAACAGUCUUUUACAGCUCUCUACAGUAGCAGAGAUGGAUUUUAUAUAUGCGCACGACUCUGCAUUGAUUGAUAACUCAUGUCCUCCCUCUAUUUCAUCAGACAGCGAGAAUAAGCAAAUUUCUCUAUGUCUUGAAAAGCAGUCCUGCUCUCUCACUGCGUCCCAGAGCUCCUUCUCAAAUUCUACACCCUUUACUUCCACCAUUUGGAAAAACCUCAGCUCCCAGAAUCCUGCAGUGCUGAUUGAGAGCUUACAGCCUGAGCUGGUUGUGGGUCUUACCAAAGGUGAGAGCAAUAUCACAGACUAUGCCCAUGACACAAUGCCCUACACCCUGUGGUCCGAUUCAAGCUGCCAACAAGACAAGUUUCCAGAUUCUCUAAACUGCGCACAGACAUGGGGCAACCUGGAAACCAGCUCCCUGCAAUGCUCAGAGUCAGAGAUGGCACAAAAUCUACCACGAGAUCUGAAACAGCUGAAGGUGGAAGCAGCUGAAGCUUGUGAGCUUGAUAAGCAGACUAGCUCUCAGCAACCACAGGAGAAUGAGAUCAAAGGUCAAGAUUAUUUUGAAGGUACAAAGUCAGAAAAUGAUGGGUCAGUGAGUGAUUCUGAUUCCUGUGAAUCUGGAGAGAAAGGUGCUGACACCAGCAGUGAAUCCAGUGAGGAGAAUGCCAUGAGUGACCCUGAAUUUGUGGAACCAGGUCUGGAGCCAGGGGAAGUCUGCUCAUAUCAAAUGCAAACUUGUAAGAAGACCACCAAAAGUUGGCGUCACCCCCUAAGAAAGCCCACCGCAAGAGCCGUUCCCAGUGCAGUAAAGCAGCAGGCUACCAGUGAUGACGAGACCAUAGAGGAGGGCAUAGAUGAGGAAGAGGAGCCCGAGACUGAGGAAUGGGCAAAGCCUUUAGUGCAUCUGUGGCAGCACAGGAAAGUGCAUCUCCAGCAUGAAAGAGAGUACAACAUAACUGCAGCUAAAACUGCUCCACACUGUGCUGUCUGCACCCUCUUCAUGCCGUAUUAUCAGCCUGAGAAUUCAGAGGAGAGAAGGCAUGAAGACUUGAUGAGUGCUGCUUCAGAGUCACAUGAAUCAUGUUUACGGGAAGUUGGCUUGAGAUCACGACCCCUGAUCCCUGAAAUCUGUUUUGCGUACGAGGAGGGUCCAUGUCCCUUGAAUACACUCCUGGAGGAGGAUGGAUCCAGUCCACUUGUGGCCUGCAACAAUUGCUGUGUUCAAGUUCAUGCCAGUUGCUACGGUGUUGCUGCUCAUGAUUUUGGCCCACCAUGGACAUGUGACCGAUGUUUAAGCAGAGACUUGACAGCUGAAUGCUGUUUGUGUAACCUGAGGGGAGGUGCAUUGAAAAAAACCUCAGAUGAUAGAUGGGCCCAUGUGAUGUGUGCUGUGGGUCUUCCUGAGGUGAAGUUCAUUGAUGUGGUGAAGAGAGCUCCUAUUGACAUCAGUGGCAUACCUGUACAGAGAUAUAAACUGAAGUGUAUAUAUUGCCGUAACAGGAUAAAAAAGUUGUCUGGAGCGUGUAUACAGUGCUCAUGUGGCCGUUGCCCCACCUCUUUCCAUGUCACCUGUGCUCACGCUGCUGGAGUGCCCAUGGAGCCUGAUGAUUGGCCGUAUGUGGUUUUUAUCACCUGUCACAGACACCAAUCACGGAGCUCCAGUGCUAAAGUCAAAGUGAGCAGAAGUGAGUUGGCUGUGGGCCAGACCGUGAUCUCCAAACACAAGAACCUUCGCUACUAUAGCUCUCGUAUUACCCAGGUUACGGCCCAGACAUUCUACGAAGUCAUGUUUGAUGAUGGUUCAUUCAGCAAUGAUACGUUCCCUGAAGACAUUGUAAGCAGAGAUUGUGCCCAGCUUGGGCCUCCUGAGGUGGGGGAGGCUGUCCAGGUGAAGUGGCCCGAUGGACUUUUUUAUGGAGCCAAGUACCUUGGCUCUAACACUUCAUAUAUGUACCAGGUGGAAUUUGAAGAUGGAUCUCAAAAUUUGGCAAAGAGAGAGGACAUUUACACACUGGAUGAAGAUCUGCCCAAAAAAGUAAAAGGUCGUUUGAAGAAAGAAAGCCAUACAGGUUUGGAACAACAUGAGAUCCACGGCUUCCAGUAUGCGUUUCGAAGAUGCAUUCUUCACCACACAAAGUGAAAGGAAAAGGCGACGGACACCAAAUUCUCGGUUCCAGGAAGAUUACAUCGCCCAUAUCAACCCUCGAACCUUCGCUAGAUCCUCAGAAACACACAACAGCAAAGCCAACUAAUGGAGAAAAGGAGUUCUGUUAUAGGUCCACUUAAAGUACAAAAUGGACUAUUACAUUUGAAUUGAUAAAGAUUGUGUGUCAGUGAGAUCAUGAUUUUUAAAAGUGGCAGAAAUACUGUGGUCUCAAAUGUCAGGGACAAGAAUGUUUUUCUAAAUUAGAAGUUUUUCCUGUUAUAUUUGAGAGGUUUUUCUAGCCUCAAAUGGUAUUCUGUAGCAUUGUAAUGUCAUGACGCCCCACCCUCCACCUCCCAACGCUGUUGAGAAUAAUUUAUCCUGCAUGCUUUUGUAAAUGAUUUGUCUUGUGCCAGGCACCAUUCCUAGUCACUAACACUAUUAGCGUUGAGCUCAAAACAGUAUAAAUGUCUAAUAAAAAACAUUGCUACUGAUGUCCAGCAAAGCACAUGUCACCUUUUACUCUACUACUGUUUAUGAAUAUUCUUUAUUUAUUUGGAUAUUUUUGUUUCUUUUCUAAAUGGUGCUUAAAGCUGUAAAAAAAAAUUAAAGUGUAUGUUUUCUUUGUGAUCUGUGGCUUGUUUUUAAUUGAUGAAUGUUUCACUGUUUGUUCUUCAGCUAAUGUUUCUCAUUUUAUACAGCCUAUAGAUAUUCAUCAAUACUAACUUAAUUGUAGCUCGCAAUGGAUGGUUAAGUGAUACUGACGUUUUGA